AUGAUCCGGCUGGCCCACACAGGCUGUCAUCCGCCCAAAGACUAUGGUGCACUACUGAACCCUGCCUCGAACCAAGCAGCCCGCGGAAUACUUCGUGGUUACUUCUGCCCGAGACGAAGUGUGGCUGAUGAUGCUCUCCGCCCCAUGUCCGUCCUUCUUGCCAAGCUACCUAGCUCAGCUCAGCUCAGCUCGAGCCUCACAUCACCACCUCUCACCAUCACCCUCGGCGCCGACUCCUCGCCUGCGUCCUUCGAAAAGACGCUGUCGUCGCUCUCUUCCAAGAUCACCACCUCCCAGUCCCAGCUGGACCGACUCCACACCAGCGCGCGCCGCGUCAAAGUCCUAUGGACGCUUUACUUCGGCUUCGCAUACGUCGUCUACGCCAUCGUUCUGCUCCUCGUAGUAGGCCACAAGAACCUCGGCGCCUAUGAAUGGACCGGCAUGGCAGGCGGUCCGAUUCUAGUGUACGUAGUACGAGCCCUCAUCAACGCCUACUUCAACUUCAGAAUCGAAUCGGAAACCACCCGUUUAAAGGGCUACCACGACGAUCGCGCCAAGACAAUCCAGAAGCUCAAGGAUGCCACCAGGUACGACUCCACACUGCAGCUCAUCGAAAAGUACGGCGGGGAGAAGAAGGGGGAGGAUGAGGAGAAGUCUGAGGAAAACGGCACAAAACAGGGCCGGGAGCACGACAAGGCGAAAAAGAAACCCCACGUUAGCAGCACCGGACGAACGAACCUGCCCCCUCCGCCGACAGCAAACAUUGCCCGCCCUGAUGCGCAGCCGCAGCCUCACGACGUCGAUGCGGAAUUCGCCCCCAACGCAUACGCCCCGCCCGCUCCGUCCCGCACGCAGUACAUGGUCCCCGAAACGCACUGGUACGACCGCAUCUUCGACGUGCUCCUUGGCGAAGACGAGACGGCGGCCAAGAACCGCUUCGCACUCAUCUGCCACAGCUGCAGGUUGGUAAAUGGACAGGCGCCGCCGGGCACCAAGAGCCUCGUAGAGCGCAUUGUCGAUGAGGUCUUGGGGGCCAAGGGAGUGCAAGCCAGCGGGGAAGACGUGGCUCGGGCCGGCACCCAAGUUGGCAGCCAUGCAGACCUGAGUGCGAACGAUGACGAGAAUUUCAAUGAGAUUGAUCAUGACCAUGAGGGCGGGCCCCAUGUCAAGGCGACGGCCAAGUAG